AUGCGCGCUUAUAAUUGGGUCGUGCAAAUCGGCAUUCUAGCCUGCUCAAGUAGAAUUCAAAUCAUUGUGGGUUUUGAUAGAGAGACCCUCAAACUAGGUUUGGGAAAGACUAUCAUAAACGCCGAUCACAAUUCGAUUGAACCAGGUGAAGCCAGCGACAGGGUUGCAAAUCUAGUUGGAAAGAUUGAUAUAAGCAGAAUCACUCCUGAUAGUCAAGAGCAACAAUGCGGAGAAAGAAGAAAGUGUAACGAAAUAGCUCAUAUAGGCUUGGACCUAAGCUUGGCUGUUUCGCCUCAAACCGCGGAAAGUGGAUCAGGCAAUCAUCAGAACAAGAAGCCCAAACUGGACUUCAGGGCGCGGAGAAGGGUGUCGGUCCUCAGUUCGCAAACUCUAGCUGCUAUCAGCUUAUGGAAAGGAGAUUUGGUGGACCUGACAUUGGAUAAACAGAAAAAGUUUCGGCUUCAAGCUCAUGUGGAAGUUGUGCUGCAAUCGGUGGAAAACCUGUUCCAAAGAGGGACUGCCGACCCCAAUGACUACCACGGCGUAUCUGAGGACGAGGGGAGAUACAAGUCCACCUCUGGACAUCUUUCGAGAAACAAACUCGGCGAUUCGGAAAAAGGAUGGCUCACGGCUAUUGCAGAAGUUGAAGGAAUCUGGGAUGUGAUGGAAAGCCCAAAUAUUUUGCAAGCAAUGUCAAUACUCCACCGGUGGUUUGAUCUAACCAUGGGUGUGUUUUUGAAUUUACAAGAACAUGAAAUCAUCCAAAACUGCUGUCUCUCUCACUUCUUGAACAAGGAGAAUCAAGGCCAAUUCAUCUUGAGUUAUGUCAAGACCAGGUUCUACCCGUUUGACAUCAGUGCUGUAUAUGUGAACUUCAACCAAAAAUUAAGCUUACUUGAGGAUGACUUGAUGAAAAAUAUGAGGCCUGUUUUUCAGUUCAGGAUACUUGGAAAAAGAUAG